CAUGUAACACGCGGGUAUGACAACAACAAGGGAGGGCAACAAGCGGGGACACCAGGAGCAAGGAACUAGCGAUCUGUCAGACGUUGAUUUUUUGGGCUUUGUUUUCUUAUUGUUGUGCAAUGAAAAUGAAAUUGAUUUUGUUUGACUGAGAUUAUGGUUAAAUGUUUAUUAUCAUCUUAACCGUUGCGGCUAGUCGUGUCAAUGUCUUGAACAGACAACAACGAUGGCAUGACAGCCCUGCUUGACAGAAUGCAAUUCUUAAUAUUUGCUUCAAAGCAAGGGGAUAAUAUUGUUAAAUGCUAUAUGGUUAGCUAGCUCGUUAGCUAUAUACUGUUUCUUUCUCUAUUGCGAUCGGGAUCGUAGUGUAACAUCUGGUUAGGUUUGUUAUGGGGACGUUCUGCUAAGCUAGCAAGCUGAUGUUGCAAGAAAUUGGGGAGUGGUGAAGUUUCACAACGUUGUUUGACUGGAAGUCGUAAGCUAACUUGACAGAAUGCCUGGGAUGGUGGUUUUUGGUCGUCGCUGGGGUAUCGCAAGCGACGAUCUUGUCUUCCCUGGCGCUUUUGAAGUGUUCAUCAGGAUUAUUUGGUGGAUUGGAAUUCUGGUUCUGUACACGAUCCAUAAAGGGCGUUUUGACUGUCCUGGUGGAACUGUCCUCCACAGUUACCUUGUUGUACUACUGGUUCUUCUUGCUGCCAUCAUCUUGUCGCAGUGUGCAAUCGUCUACGUCAGUGCACAGGGGACCAUUACCAACCCGGGCCCGCGGCGCUCCAUCCCACUGCUUGUGUGUGUGCGGUUCCUGCUGUACCUUCCAGAGCUUGUGUGGGCCUGUUUAGGUGCCAUCUGGGUGUCCGAUGACAGCCGUGGCUGCGAACCGGCUGGGGUCACGGCUGUGAUUUGUGCAGUAAUUGCUAGCUGGAUCAUAGUGUUCUUCACGGGCAUUGGGGUGGUGAUCGUGUUUGAUCCCCUGGGCAGCCAGAGGCACUCUCCGGCUCAGUAUGAGCCAGGGCCCAGGGACCUGGAGAGCAGCGACUCGGCCCAGCUGCUGUACACGGCCCGCUCCCUGGCUGUGCGCGUGUGGGAGAGCCGGCUUCGUCUGCUCUGCUGCUGCCUGCCCCAGGACGACAGCCACCGCGCAGCCUUCUCCAGCAUCGCCCAGCUUUUCAGCGGCUUCUUCUCGGACACAGAUUUGGUGCCCAGUGACAUUGCUGCAGGCCUCUCCCUCCUUCAUCAGGAGCAAGAUAAGGUGGAACAAUGCAGAGAUCCUGAUGAUGUAGUGGCCCACAGCCCAUCCUCUCCCAUUAGAGAGGACCUGCAGACGGAGUUGGAGAGAGCAGCCCACUGCAUGCAGUUUGCAGUAGCUGCAUAUGGCUGGCCCUUGUACGUCUACUCCAACCCUCUCACUGGAGUUUUCAAGCUCAGCGGUGAAUGCUGCCGGAGCCGCAGCGCGGAGUACGACAUCGUGGGUGGGGAUCACCUGGGCUGCCAUUUCACUUCCAUUCUGCACAGCACUGGGCUGCAGUAUAGAGACUUCAUCCACAUCAGCUUCCAUAACCAGAUCUAUGAGAUUCCAUUCUUCGUGGCUCUGGAUCACAAGAAAGAGGCAGUGCUGGUGGCUGUGAGAGGAACUCUGUCACUCAAGGAUGCUCUGACUGACCUUUCAGCCGACUGUGAGAACCUACCUAUAGAGGGAGUAACCGGAACCUGCUAUGCUCACAAGGGCAUAACACAAGCUGCCAACUACAUCUACAAAAAGCUCAUCAAUGAUGGGAUUCUGAACCAGGCAUUCACCAUUGCACCUGAGUACAGGCUGGUGAUCACAGGCCACAGUCUGGGGGCAGGCACAGCCUCAAUACUGGCCAUCCUCCUGCGCAGUGCUUUCCCCACUCUGCAGUGCUACGCCUUCUCUCCACCAGGGGGCCUCCUGAGCAAGGCUCUGGCGGAUUACUCCAGGGAGUUUGUGGUGUCUGUUGUGCUGGGGAAGGACCUGGUGCCACGGUUGAGUAUUCCCAAUAUGGAGGACUUGAAAAGAAGGAUCCUAAAAAUGGUUUCCAACUGCAAUAAACCAAAGUACAAGAUCCUGCUCCGUGGCUGCUGGUAUGAGAUGUUUGGGGGUGAGCCUGACGACUUCCCCACAGAGCUGGAGAACCGCCGGGAGGAGGAGCUCAGCCAGCCGCUGCUGGGGGAGCAGAGCCUCCUGCUGCACCACUCCCCCUCCUACCAGAGCCUGGACUCGGAGGAGUCGCCCAGUCACGUCACCCACCUGCCUCUCUUCCUGCCAGGCCGCAUCCUGUACAUCACUGAGGACGGGAGCCCGCGCAGAUCGUGUUUCUCCCCGGUGAGGUACCGUGCCGAGUGGUCCAGUGAGACGGCUUUCUCCAGCAUCCUGAUCAGCCCGCGCAUGAUCACUGACCACAUGCCUGACGUGGUGCAGCGUGCCCUCCAGAGCCUGACUCAGGACCGGCCUUUCUCCCUCUGCCCAUCCUCCCUCAACAACAGCCAUCUCAACGUCAUCUGAGUCCCCGUCCCUCUGGCGCGUGGAUCUGUGGGCCACCCGAGAUGACGCAACAGAGGAGGCCAGUAGUCGAAUGCCAUAUGCCGUCUACAGCUGUUUUCUUCAGACUGUGAAAGGGCCUUUUUUCGUUUGUUUCCAUUUCAGCUGAACGAUUUCAUGAAUGACACUGCACCUUAUGGAUAGUGCUCAGUGUACAUUUGUUAAUGUUUUACUGUGAUUGUUGUGCUUGUGUUCUCAGAUGAUUGUAUUUCACAGUCUGGUCUUGGACUUUGGUGUCAUAUGACAGAACAAAAAGGAGAAGGUAUUUUAAGGGUGUAACUGCUUGCUCUACUGCGUGAAUGAGGCUAGAAUAAUCAGGAUGAACAGUGCCUAUGCAUUGAGAAACUGUCUUGGAGAACUCAGCACUUGUUGAACGUGUCACAACUUAAUGUACCUACUGUACAGCUACACUAUUGUUUUUAUAUAUAAAAGCUGUAAUGCACGGUAAUUUAUUUAAGUAUGUUUAUAGCAUGAAUGUAUGAGAGCUGAGUUUCUCAACUGAUAUUUAUGAUGGUUUGUGAUUUGAUGUAAUGUGCUAUACAGAAAGGAUGUUAAUUUCUCGGCUGAUGUAUAUAGAAAGGAAGUGCCCUCUCUACUAUUCAUUUUUUUCUUCUGUGCUUACAUAUCAUUUAUUGUGGCUUGGAAAAUGAUAAAAUACUGAUUAAAGCACAUUUCAUGAAAA